AUGCCGGGUCGGCAAGAUCAAGGCAGCUCUGUAUGCAAUAGCAAUCCAAGACAAUUCUCAACGACAAGAUGUCUGGCGAAGAAAGGGGGCAAAGCCAGUCGCGAAGAGAAGAAAGCAGAUACCAAGUCCUCCAAAGGCGAGGCAGCCACCGAGGACCCAUAUGACUUCUCUACCCUCGAAGCGGAUAUCGCGAGCACUCUCGAGCGUCUGAAAAAUGACCUGUCAAAGCUUCGGGCAGGAGGACGAUUCAAUCCCGAAGUGGUAGAGAACCUACGCGUGCAGCCGGACAAGGCCAACAACCAGACUGUCAAGUUGAGCGAUGUGGCACAAGUCAUACCAAAAGGACGAAUCGUACAGAUACUGGUCGGCGAGCAAGACCACGUCAAACCUGUCUCCUCCGCCAUCCAAUCUUCGAACCUCUCGUUGACGCCACAACCUGAUCCCACAGGCCAGAACCCCUUACUUCUAAUUUUGAACAUCCCACCGCCUACAGCGGAAUCUCGUAAGGCUGCUGUAAAUGAAGCGACGAAAGCAGGAGACAAGGCAAGCACUAGUGUUCGGGAUGCAAGAGGAAGGCAGCAGAAGAAGUUGAGAGCUCUGCAAUUGAACAAAUCUGCAAGACCAGAUGACUUGAAAAAAGCUGGGACCAUGAUGGAGAAAGUGGUUGAGAAGGCAACAGCGGAGCUGAAGAAGGUCGUGGAUAACGCGAAGAAAGUGCUAGAGAGUGGCUGA